AUGAAGAAGCUUUUGAAUCUCCAGCCCCUUAGGUUAUGGGGGAAAUUUAGGGACGUGGAGCUGUAUUUGGAGAUGCACGGCCAGGAAAUCUUGCGAUUCCUUCUUUUUGUCGCCCAUCCGCAGUUCUUUUUUUACCAUGGAAGCUUUACAGAGAGUGGACUUCGGUUCAGAGAGACACAAGCAAAGAGACAAGAUCUCUAUCUAACUGUUGCCAGUAAACUAGGUGGCGUCAAGAUAGCUCCGCAUUUCUACGAGUGUGUCCAUCGCCCUGCUCUCUAUGGUCAGUUUGACAAGUUUAGCAGGAGCUUAGUGGUACAACUGGAAGCCGAAGCCGAUACUCAACUUCGCGCCGCGUUUCCUAUAAGAUAUGAAGAAAUCGAGUCUUCUGCCAAAAUAUUUUCCGACGCAUCAGAGCCGGAGAAAGCAAAUACUCCGGACCCAGUUAUCCAGCACCUAACUUUGUCAGAGACCAUUGAGCGUGAUUCUCGGAAGGAGUGUUCGCGACGUCGUUCACAAUUUGUCAACCUGAGCCAGGCACUCAUUGAAGCCGUAGGACAGAUUUUCGUUGACUCGUUGUCCCUUCGCAGCUUGGCACAGGGCAAAUUCAUAUUGGAUACAGGUUCAGAAUGGGACGAGGCAUCGGAACUGGACCAAUUGCCUGUUCCAAUCCUCACAUGGAUCCAGGAUCAAGAUGGCUUGAAGAUUGAUCAAAUACCAAUUUCAUCCAAGGAAGAGCUAUUCGUCGCAUAUGAUUUGUUGUCGCCUACAGGGUAUAAGUCGACUAACAUGUCUCUCAUAACAGUUGCUCUCAAAGUGGCAACCUGGUAUGUUUCAAAGGUGAAGAAGCGGAGACACCCAAGUGUCCAAGAUCUCAUUGUUCCCGGCGUCCCACCUUACAAUAUCAUGCAAAGAAAGUGUGCAAAAUGCGGCGACCGAGUCCUAGAUGAUGCAUUUGCGUGCUUCGCCCGGGCAGAUCCCAGGAAAUACGUUAUCUGGUAUCGUAGGUACGGUUGUGGCCGUCAUAGUUGCCGUCCAGAUGGCAUGGGCUUCGCAAAUCUCGUUCCGCUAGACCAAAACCAAGGCUAUCGAGUGGCAACUCGUAAAAGCCUCCAAUGCCUACGAACUGGUGGAUGGGAGGAGUACUUGCUUCGCUGUACCCCGCAGGAGCGGAGUGAUGUCCAGCAAAUAGUCCAAACUAUUUGCAAAGGCUGCAGGAAACAACCUUUUGAAGACAAACAGCCGCGCUGGACAUCGCAGAUCCCAAGCAGGUAUGUAAUUCCAGUCCGGGGCUGCAAUGGCUGCAAAGAAAGGUUUUCCUCUUUUAUCCCAAUCGAUGCUGGGGUUCAUACCAUUACAAAGGCUGCCUUGUCGAAGAAAUGGAAGGAUCUGAAAACGGGGGGUAUUGAACCGGCCGAUUAUCCGAGGCGACCAGACAUUCUGUGGUCGCGCAAAACGCAUUUGACAAAGUUGAAGGAGCUUGAGUAUGCGAGAGACCUGUCCCUUCAAGAAGAAGCGGAGCUCAAACUACCGCCCAGUCUGAAAAGGAAGCGGAAUUUCAAUAGUAAAAAUAGAGUCAGACACUAA